UCAAUCACUUUAAAGCUCUCUGUUUCAUUUCCAAAACCUCAAAAUCCUUUCAAUGGCGGCAAAUGGUUUGGAUUUAACCUAUGCCUACAGAUCAAGAAAGCCCUUUUCCUCUUCUUCUUCUCUUCUAAAUUCCUUUUUCAUGUCCACUGUCAACGUCGCCGCCAAUUCUCUCGUCUCCGUCGCCUCUAAUGCUAAGAACGAACUUUCCGGCCGGAAAUGGCGCCCGGCGGACCAUUUCCGGUUCAUGCUCAUGCUUACCUCCUGGUUUACGGUUUGGGUUCUGAGAAUUGUCAUGGAUUGGUUUCCUGUCGCUCUCGCCCCUUCUCGCCGGCUCUUAACUCGUUUUUGUGGCGGUGGCGACGGCAGCGGGUCUAGGAAUUCGCCGCCUUUGCUAUUGCCACUGCCGUCUUCCGUGUUGUCGGCGUCGCCGUUGGGUUCUUCGGCUUUGGCUUCGCUUUCUAAAUUGGAUUUGGUUCCUUUUGAAACUCUCGACUUCGGUGGUUCCUCCUUUAAGCCUCUCACCAGAGCUCUCUCUCAAAUCUUAGCGAUAUUGAACGAGAUGCCGGCUAGUUGCCAGAAGUACCAAUUCACAAUGGCAAUGGCGGAGAAGAUGAUGGAAGAAAACGCCAGAAGCGGCCAGAUCGAGCUUCUGCAGGUGAACCGGGCCGCCCUUUCCGCCGCCUUCGCUCGAACCUCCUCACUCCUCUACGACUCGCUGCAUCGGACCCGGGAAAUCGAAGAACGGCACAGAGCCGGCACGUGGCCAGCACGGAUUAUCGCUGCUCUCCCCUUCGGAGCCUACGUCACUCCGUAUCUCAAAUUUUUUAAUCUGGCCGUCAGCGCCGUCGGUACCAUAGUCCCGAAGGCAGAGCCGUUGAAUGGUAGGAGAUCGGAGACGAGAAUGGUGGAGGGGGAAUUCGACAGCGAGGUGGUGGUGGUGGAGAAGCUCGGACAGGAGUUAGUAUGGAUGACGGAGAAGCUACGGGAGUAUGGGGCGGUGGAUGAGGCUAUGUUGCAGUGGAGCUUUGCCGGCGGCUUGGCCUCUGUUUCCGUUGCUUGUAGUCCUAGAAUCCAGUGGUGCUUCGUCAAAAUCUCAGCAACUCUGUUUCGGGAGCUAAUGAGCAAAGAAAUAGAGGAAGUGGUAAGAUCAGAAGUAAAGUUCAGAAUGCUAUCGCUAUGGCUGCCAUUGCUGUGCCAUGCUCGAAACGGAUUAGCUUUUCCAGCGCUGAUGAGGUACGAGAAAGACGAAACAGAGAGAGCCGUGAAUCAGAUCGUCGGAACUUUAUCACCGAUGGAUCAGGAACUCAUCUUAACCAAUUGGCUCCAAGAUUACGCAAUUUCCGCCUCCGAAUGGCCCAAUCUUCAGCCUUCUUACGACCGCUGGUGCAAUUCCACUCGAUUACUCGCCGCCUGACCCGCCGCGCCGUGAUUUCCCAAAUCAACGGCUGCGCAAGGAAGAAGAAGAAGAAGAAGGUGGUUUUUUUAGGGCUUGUUUGGUACCCACUUUUGUUAGGAUUUUUCAAUAAAAUAUAUUUUAAUGCAAUAUGUUUGUAAUAUUUGGUUUAUUUUUACGAUUUCAAUAAAAACGUGCUAUUAAAUGCCACGUAAUUUUAUGUUAGACAUUGGAAAAAAAUUAAUUUAGGUAUUAUAAAACUAUAUGAGUUUUCUUUCUCUCUUUAUCAUAAUAAUUGAAGAGUGGAAGAUAUGAUACACCUUUG